GUGUUAAGUGUCAUAUACAAAAAAAGCAUUAAAUAGAUAUCGUAUCAGCGUGAGAAGCGAUAAUCCGAUCAAAGAGUCGCGAUCUGUUAAAGUUUGUUUGAAACAAUGAAAUUGAGAACGUAAAGAUCUAAGCUGAGCUGUGGUAACGUUUACUGGAUUAAACUGGACAACACUGAACUUCAGGGUUGCUAUCAAAAUUGAUAAAACUGUUGUGAUUAUAGGAUUUUCUUAUUCUGUAUACCGUUAAAUAAGGGUAUGUUGCGGGUUUUUCAACAUACAGCUUCAUCGACCGUUGGAUAGAGGAAGGAGUAAGAGUAGACGCAGCAGUGGUGGGUGUAGUAUUAUAAUUGCUUUGCUUCUGGUGCACGCUAUCACUGUAUCCACAGCUGGUGCUAUACGUUGAACAAAAGAUGGACUAACAACAUCAUUAUCAUUUAUUUGUUGCCGUUGUUCCCUUUCGUCAAAUAACAGAGCAAACCAACUGGGCGACUAGUUUGUGGACAUGCGUCAAUUCGACAACAAGCGAGAUAAGUUGUAGAUAAGAGGAGCAAAACACGUUCCAGUUGAAAGAAAAGUGUGAAACCACAAGGACUACAACAAGGUCAUAGAAGGUCGGAUAUACGUUUACAAUACAACAUUUCAACAAAUUUGAGACGGAUUCCGUAGUCAUUUCCGUAUUCAAUCUGUUAGCCCGCCAACGGGUUCCUAGCAACAACUCGUGACGUCAUGAGCACGCCCUUGAUCCACGUGCAGAUGGAGGACCCCUCGGAGUUCAGACCCGAGCACAAGGACAAGUCCGAGUUCAGGGAUUUCCGUAUGCACAAUGUCCCCGAACGAGUUAAACAGGUGUACAGCGAAAUGCACCGAAAGCAAACGUACGCGUUCGUAAAGCAGAAGAUGUCCGAGUGGUGUCGCUUCGACCACGCGGAGAUGACCGUCAUGGAAGCGCUGGAUAUGCUCUCCUCCUUCCUCGACGAGAGUGACCCGGAUGUGGACAUGCCCAACUCCAUACAUGCUUUCCAGACUGCAGAAGGUAUCCGGGAGGCGCAUCCCGACAAGGAGUGGCUGCAGGUGACUGGUCUGAUCCACGACAUAGGUAAACUCAUGGCCGUCUGGGGGGAGCCGCAGUGGUGCGUCGUCGGCGAUACGUUCCCCGUCGGAUGCGCACCCAGCAAGCGCAUCGUCUUCGAUGCGCAGUACUUUGCAGAAAAUCCGGACAUGGAUGACCCAAAGCUGAACACGCGCCUUGGUGUGUACACGGAGAACUGUGGCCUGGAGAACGUGCUCAUGAGCUGGGGUCACGACGAGUACCUGUACCGCGUGCUCAAAGCAAACACCUGCCACCUACCGGACGAGGCCCUAUACGCUAUCAGAUUCCAUUCGUUCUACCCGUGGCACACGAGCGAGGACUACAUGUUCCUCUGCAACAACAAGGAUUUGGAGAUGCUUCAGUGGGUCAGGGAGUUCAACAAGUUUGACCUCUACACCAAGUGCCCGGAUACGCCGGACAUCGAACAACUCAAGCGCUACUAUGGCAACCUCGUCGAGAAAUACAUACCGGGCAAACUGAAGUGGUGAUGGUUUUCUAUGGUGGAUUGAAGCCCUUAUGGAAUGUUGAAUUUGGUCGCAAUGUUUUGAAGAUUUUAAGUUAGAUCUAAACUUUGAAAAUGUAUGCAAUAACUGUAGAAAUUGUAAUACAAAUACAUACAGCGUUUUAGAAAUGCCAUGAUGAUGCUUUGAAACGAUUUCUAAACUAUUUGCUAUAAAUAUGUAAACAUUUGAAAAUUAUAUAGUCCAACAUUAAAA